AGUACCAGUUGCUCUCGAAGAUGCUGCGCCAGCUAAUCUGCUUGGGAAUUUGGUUGGCCAUCCUAGUGGUAUUUGGCCAAUCCGAGUGCAAUGUCUGCUCAAUGGAAAGUAAAGCAGCCUGCGUUUCCAACAAUCAGUACCAAAACUGCACGGCGGAUAAUAUUCCGAGUGGACCAGUCUACACCUGCCCAAAUAAUACCAACUGUACGGGAUCGACGGGGGGCUGCACUUCUAAUCCGGCUUUAGUCUCCUGCAAUGAUUGCAACAAGUGUGAUGGAACUUCCUUUUACACCUGCACAGGUCCCAGCACUUUCGGGCUUUGCAAUGGUGUAAAUAUAGUGGCAAACACCGAGUACCCCUGUUCGACUGGGGAGGUGUGUAUUGCCGACAUCGUGAGCCCUUGUGCAGCUUCCUUCAAUGGUACAGGAGCCACUUGUUCUUAUUAUAAUGCAACCAAUGUAAUCGGUGACCUUUGCACUCUGAAGGCUUCUACAGGUCGCUAUCCACAUCCUAAUGAUUCCAGCUGCCUCAGAUACGUAUAUUGCUUCCUUAAGAACUCAACUUGGACUGGAAAUACCUGGCCGUGCCCUUCAUCAACGCCUUAUUUUAGUGCAACCUCUUUUACUUGCGUCAAGACGAAACCAUCGACUUGUGCCUAAUUUAUAUCCAGAGAAAAAACGAGAACAUUUCUAUGAUUAAUAAAAUUGUAUAAAGUGUUCUUGUUAUAUUUUAUCAAAAUUAAAAAUGCAUAUGGUUUUAUCA